AUGAAUAUUGCGCGACAGCUAACAAAAUUACCGUACCAAAAUGUUCGGAGAACAUUCUAUAGAAAAUUCAGUGUUUCUUCGAUUACAAAUGAUUCUGUCGAAGCAACCCAACCUAAGGUUCAAGAGGAAAAAUUCGACUUCGAAGACCUGAAAGUAUUCGAACGGCCAGAAAAACGACACGCAAAAAUAGAACCAUUUAUGAAAAAUGUAUUUUUAUCAAAAUUCAACCGAGACCUGAUGGCCUACCCUGAAAUCUUGACCAAAGAUGACAGUACAGAUCUAGACAACAGAAUAGCACUACUUGAGAAAACAUUCUGCAAUAAGAACAGUACUUUGGAUGACCGCAAAAAUGCCUUAAAACAAAUUCAUAUGUAUGCGGCAACAGUGAGUGUUACUAAACAUGGAUUGGCAGCGAAUUCAACAGAACUGAUACGUUAUUUAGAAGUAAUUGCAGCAGAUUUAGAUUUAGGACAAAGAAUUAGUGAUCAUUGGGUCGCACUAAGUGCUUUAAAAGAGGGAUUAAGUGAAGAUAAUUACACAUCAGUGAUUGAUGAGCUAAUAUCUGGUAAUGACACUAUCAGCAUUUGUAUCAAAGAGAAGUUAUCGGACAGGUUAGCUCAAGGAGAUUUCAGGACCGCUGCUACUAUGAAUGAGAAAGGAGAGUGGCGAAUUAGUGGUGAAAAAAUUUGCAUAAAUCAAACUGGAUACAUACUUUUGCUAGCACUCACAGAUGGCAGUAGGUUGAAGGCAUUUCUUAUACAGCCUGGUGCUGAGGGGGUGUUGCUUAAGGAUAAUUUUGUGACAUUCCACAAUACACCUGCAACACCAUUAGACAUGGCAACCGAGUCGACGUUAAGUCACACGUUGGGUAUUAAUCGUUUGUAUACAGCCACCCUGUGCAGAUCAAGUCUGCAACAGGCAACACAGGCUUGUAUUGACUAUGUGCGACCAAGGUUUUUCAAUGGAAAGCCACUUUCCGAAUUAUCAACGAUCAGGUACACAAUAGGAGAGGCAAUAUUAUAUACCUACGCCUGCGAGAGUGUAGAAUACUUCACGGCUGGUCUGCUGGAUGGCUAUUUGGAGCCGGAUGUUGAACUAGAAGUUGCCAUGUGUAGGAAUUUCAUAGCGCACCACGCUCAGCGCAUUCUGUUGAAACUACUAGCGAUACCAGGAGUUGAGAAGCAGAAAGACUGUCUCCGACUGCUGGAAAACAUGAGGAGUUUGUCCUUACGCGGUGAAAAUGUUGAGGAUGUCAAUUCCUUCAUUGCGUUGCGCGGUGUGCACCACGCCAGCAGAACUAUGGCUGACGAGGUGAAGAAAAUACGGAAUCCGGUGAUGAAUCCAUCCUUCAUCUUCAAGAAGGUUCUGGCAAAUAGACACCAGGAGAAGGACGAACCAAAGCUAGAUCUCCAUCUGUAUGAACACUUGCAUCCCACUUUGAAACCAGCUUCUGACAAUUUGGAGUACUGUGUGAAGAGGAUGCGUUUUGUAUGCGAAACUCUUAUGGGCAGACACGGCUUAGAAGUCGCAAGUGCUUUUACGGAAUUGAAUAGGCUGGCUGAAGCCGCCACUGAGAUUUACGUCAUGGCUGCAGUUCUAUCGAGAGCGUCGAGAUCUUACUGUAUAGGCGUGAGACACGCUGAGAACGAAAUGAAACUGGCCGCCUGCUUCGUACAAAAUUCGAAAGAUAGCGUAAGAAAGUUGCUCCUAGAGAUCGUUGAGGGCGAGUACCUGAACUUAGACCACUUCAGGGUACAAUUCGGUCGGAAAGUGCUGGACAGUACCGAUAGUUUCGUAGAAAAGCCAACAGCUAGGGUAUUUUGGUGA